AAAAAUAGAUAUAUGCAGACCCCUGCAAUGGAAAACAAAACUUGGGUAAAACGACCACCAAAAACACCUCUAAAAGUUACAGAAGGGAUGAGUUUCACAACUCCAAAAGUUGAAACUGCUCAACAAACUGAAAACAGCCAGCAAUCAGAAGAAGCAUGCUCGAACAAUGACAUGAAGAAACAAAAUUUCGAUUUGAAAAUUGAAAACGGUGUGCUGAAAUCAAAACUUCAAAAUGUAUCUGGCAGCCAAAAAACUGACAUGGACGUCAAAGUCUGUCUGACUAUUCAGAGCGACCAAGGAAGUUCACAGUCAGUGGAGCGGCAUGACCCGAAGCCCUUAAAAAAUGAACCGAUACAAGAAAACGCGGCUUCACAUAAGGCUCUGUUGGAGAACUAUGAUGGGAAGUUAUGCGAGGAACAGCGACCGAGCACAAAGCGGCAACUGUCCGCUGAGAGUGCAGCAAAAUCAGUGAGCGUAAGAAAGAGGUGCACUGUGAAAAAGAGCCAAGAGGAGAUUGUGAAACCCCCCUCAGUUGCCAGCCCUGGCACGCAGAGUGGGAGACCUUAUCUACCUGCAGUCUCCACCUCUCAGAGGAAACCCAGAAAAGUGCUCUUCACAAGCACUGAUGUUUUCAACAAAGUAGAUGCAUUCUCCAUCCAGAAAGGAAGAGAGUUGAGGGAGAUGGAAGAAUUUGAUGCACAGAAGAUUGCUCGUGCAGUCACUGAAGCGGCAAGAAAUGAAGUGGAAAAACUCAGGGCCAUAUGGAUCUGGCUGUGCCAUAAUAUUGAGUACGAUAUAGAGGGAUACCUUGGUCUUUCUCAGAAGAUUUGUUCAUUGGAUGAAGUCAUCAGGAAUGGAAAAGGUGUAUGUAGCGGUUACUCCAGUCUCUGUGUGGAAAUGUGCAGGGAGGUGGGCAUUGAGUGCGUGGAAGUAAGCGGGUACAGCAAAGGCAUUGGAUACCAGGCCAGGCACAGUUUAGCUGAGGAGUGUUCUGAUCAUGAGUGGAAUGCUGUCUUCAUGGGCGGGCAGUGGUGGCUGCUUGAUGCUUGCUGGGGUGCUGGCACUGUGGAUAUGAAAAGCAAAACAUUUGUGAAGAGGUAUGAUGACUUUUAUUUCCUGAGUGAACCCAGUGAAUUCAUAAACUCUCAUUUCCCUGAUGACCAAACCUGGCAACUACUUACCACACCCAUAUCCAUACAAGAGUUUGAAAUGAGACCCUUGAAGACCUCUGCAUUUUAUCAGUUGGGAUUGACCCUCAUACAACCCAAGCAGUAUAAGACAAUCACAGAGGAUGGGGAAGCAAUUGUGUCAGUGAGCUCCUCUAGACUGUUGACCUUUUCGUAUGAGAUGAGGCAGCAGGCCCAGACAGGAGCUCUAAAGCAGGAGGAGGUUGACAGCUCCUGUGGUCUCCUGUCAGUAAAUCAUCAAGGAAUGAAGCUGCGAUUACUGCCCUCAGAGCCCGGAACCUACGAGGUCAAGCUGUUUGCCCGACGAGAGGGUGAACCUGGUGCUCUGCGGUGGGUUUGUUCUCUCGAACUGGAGUGCCCAAGUGUCCAGAAGAGGCAGCCCCUGCCUGAUAACCCCUACUUGAACUGGGGCUUAGCUGCGGGGGCGUUGGCACUAGGUGUCAAGGCUUGCAGUGUCGCAGGAGAACAGGCUGUGGAGGUUGCUGAUGAUGGAGAGUGCAAGGUGAUCCUAAACACAUCACGACCUCUGAUGAUGGUGUGUGAGCUCGCGCACAAUGAGCUUAACGCUGCUGCAUCCAAGCGCUGCCUUGCAAUGCAAAUUGCAAAAGAGCAGCUGGUGUGCAACGUCAUGUGCCCGUACAAAGGAUUUUACCGGCUGUCCAUGUUCGUGCAGGAUUAUGACAGUGGAGGUGGGACUUUUCAAAAUGCCGGGAACUUCUUGCUGCACUGUCAAAGAUUGAAUCCAAAUGCACUGUAUCCUCCAGAUCUCAGCCUGUGGUGUGGUUCUGGGAUUCGUACUCAAGAAGCAGGCUUGUCCCAUUUCAGCCACACAGGGGCAAUAGUGAAUGCACCCCAAGGCCGGUGCAACAUCACCUUCCACUCCACCUCACCAGAACUGCAAAUACAUGCGGUCCUCUGUGCUGAGCUUCACAAGCAGGCUGACUUUCCUCUGUCCCGAUAUGUACUCCUAACAUUUAAUGACACAAAGAUAACCGUGAGCGUCUGUGCGCCCAAAGCCGGAGUUUACCGCCUUGGUCUUUAUGGACGCAAACCACCUCAGCAAGACUAUAAGCCACUGUGUGACUUUAUAAUCAGGAGUGUGUGUGAAAAACAUGGAGAUCCAUUUCCCUGUGUGUAUUCAGGAUGGGGAAGAGGGUGCGUGCUACUGGAGCCCCGCACAGGUGUGCUGGCCCCACAAUGUUCAGUCAGUUUUCGCGUACGGGUACCAGGUGCACAAAGAGUGUGUGUUGUGGGAGAAAAACGAACGGAUCUGAAGAUGAAUAAGAGCAGAGUUUGGGAAGGUGAGGUAGUCACCGGAAAUGCCACAGUUCUCAAACUCGCAUCUGUCGCUAAAGAAAGCAAUGACAUGCAGGUUCUCAUGACCUUUGAUGUCCUUAACCUGGAGAAUGAAUUGUGAAUAGAGGAAAAAUGAGCUAUGGUCACACUGCAGUUCAAUGUCACACAUUUUUUGGAUGAUAGUGUGAAGUUUUUAAAGUGUGAAGAUUAGGCUAAUACAACUAGUCUUCUUAUAGCUAGUAAUGUUUUUCCCGGUAAUUUAGAAUAUUGUAUGGACUACAUUUAAAAGGCCAUGUAAGCAAGCUUAUAAAAUCAAUUCUGAAUCAUAUUUUAGCAGCACUGGAAUUGGACACUUUGGGUUGCAGUGUGAACAAAGGCCAAAAUAUUGGGUAGGGACAGGCUGAAAGAUUAUGCAAGAUACAUCUCAAGGUCAAAGUUGUGAUCAUGUCCACUUAAACAUUUUAAAUAAGCUGUUUCUUAAUGACAUUUUUGUCACUGUAUGUGUGUGUAUGUGAGCGAACGCGAC